AUGAAUGUCACAUGGGGUUUGCUGACGGUUUUGAGUCUGGUGUGCCACACUGAGUCGAGGUGCUCACCGACCUCUUAUUAUAAGAACUGCUGGAUUCGACGCUUUCCUGGGAUUUUCAUCAAUAUCGAGGAGUCUCAGCGGAGAGGAGCGCAGCUUCUCAAGUAUUACCAGGAGGAGACCGCGCUCAAAUGCAGCCGCACCUGUUGCCUCACGAGAAACUUUUCCUGCAAUCUGGCCAUAUUUCACUAUGAUACCACUCAAGAAAACGUGAACUGCUUCCACAUGCACUGUCCAACUCUGGAGAGCUGCAUUCUCAGCCACAGAGGCAACGUUGUUCUGUACAAUAUCACAAAGGGUGCGGAUCCUGACCUGUUGGUGUUUGGAAAGUAUUUCACCUCAAAUGUACGCGUGUUGCCCCACCACUACAGCCGAGGCAACGCCUCAGAGCCGCUGCCCUCAGAUAAACGCCAGUUCAUUCAUCCUCCUCCGCCUGCUGCACUGCCUCUAACUUCAGCACCCACAGUUAAACCCCCCACCACAGCGAGCACAGUGCUCACCACCUCCGGCCCUGCCACCGGUACCACUACGCAGCCGAGCACGAGUCAGCCUGCGACCGCUCCCACAACUGCAGCUGCCUCAUCUUCCCCUCCUGAGACUCCACUAGCUUCAGAGAACCAUGCACAAACAACCACCCCAAACACCUCCACCACUUCUCUUGCACCCAGCUUUACUACGCCUCCAUCCACCACAGCAACCCGCCUCAGCCUUUACAAUCCCAAGACCACUCCCAACGUUUCUACCACAAGUGCACAGCCCUCCACAUCGCCCAGCCAUCAUCACACCACCACCACCUUCUCUCAACUAGCCACCAGCCCUCCACCUUCCACAUCCAGCAUAGAGAGCAGUAAGCAAUACCCCAAUGUAACCAAGGGCAGCCUGGGGAGGAACCACACUGCGGGCAGUGAAGGCCAGGAGGGCGUCAGCGGAGAGGACACCUUUGGGGGUUUGGGACCCGGGUGGCAAGUAGCCACUCACACCACCUUGCUGGUUGCAGUGGCCAUCUUUAUCACGGUGCUGCUGAGCUGCUGCUGCUCCAUUCUGCUGGUCGUGAGCUGGAGGGGUCAGAGGAAGAGGAUGGGACGCUACCGGACAUCGUGGAGAGGGAAAACAGGCUCCAUGCGUCUGAUAAAGUAUGUGCUGGUCAGGGAAAGCUCUUGA